CGCCGCCGAGGCCCCCGCCGCUGCCUCCGCCGGGCCGCGCCGCGCUGCCCGCCCCAUGGCGUGUGAGAGGCCGGGGCCGCCGCCGCCUCCGCCGCCUGCUCCCGGCCCCGCCGCCCCCGCCUCGCAGCUGCCAAAACAUAGUACAGUGAAAUAAUGGUCUGCUAGCCUGCUAAACAAGUGUCCAGCUUCCACAAUGCCUGUGCAGGCAGCUCAGUGGACAGAAUUUCUGUCCUGCCCAAUCUGCUACAACGAGUUUGAUGAGAAUGUGCACAAACCCAUCAGCUUAGGUUGCUCUCACACUGUCUGUAAGACCUGCCUGAACAAGCUUCAUCGCAAGGCAUGUCCUUUCGACCAGACUGCCAUCAAUACAGACAUCGAUGUGCUUCCUGUAAACUUUGCACUCCUCCAGUUAGUUGGAGCCCAGGUACCUGAUCAUCAGACAGUAAAGUUGAGUAAUGUAGGAGAGAACAAACAUUAUGAAGUAGCAAAGAAAUGUGUUGAGGAUUUGGCACUCUACUUAAAGCCAUUAAGUGGAGGAAAAGGUGUUGCAAGCUUGAAUCAGAGUGCACUGAGCCGUCCAAUGCAAAGGAAGCUUGUGACACUGGUGAAUUGUCAGCUGGUGGAGGAAGAGGGUCGGGUUAGAGCUAUGAGGGCAGCUCGAUCACUGGGAGAGAGAACCGUUACAGAACUGAUCUUGCAGCACCAAAAUCCUCAGCAGCUUUCUGCCAAUCUUUGGGCUGCUGUCAGGGCACGAGGAUGCCAGUUUCUAGGACCAGCUAUGCAAGAGGAGGCACUGAAACUUGUAUUACUGGCACUGGAAGAUGGCUCUGCACUCUCAAGAAAAGUUCUGGUACUUUUUGUUGUGCAAAGGCUAGAACCAAGAUUUCCUCAGGCCUCUAAAACAAGCAUUGGUCAUGUUGUGCAGCUACUGUAUAGAGCAUCAUGCUUUAAGGUCACUAAAAGGGAUGAAGAUUCUUCUCUGAUGCAACUUAAAGAAGAGUUUCGGAGUUACGAGGCUUUGCGGAGAGAACAUGAUGCCCAAAUUGUUCACAUUGCCAUGGAAGCAGGACUUCGAAUAUCACCAGAACAAUGGUCUUCCCUUCUUUAUGGUGACUUGGCACAUAAAUCACACAUGCAAUCCAUUAUUGACAAGCUCCAAUCUCCGGAAUCUUUUGCAAAGAGUGUACAAGAAUUGACAAUUGUCUUGCAGCGCACGGGGGAUCCUGCAAAUUUAAAUAGGCUGAGGCCUCAUUUAGAGCUCCUGGCAAACAUAGAUCCAAAUCCAGAUGCAGCAUCUCCAACAUGGGAGCAGCUGGAAAAUGCAAUGGUGGCUGUAAAGACUGUGGUACAUGGACUGGUGGAUUUCAUUCAGAAUUACAGUAGAAAAGGCCAUGAAACUCCACAGCCACAACCAAAUAGCAAAUAUAAAACAAGUAUGUGCCGAGACCUUCGACAGCAAGGGGGAUGUCCAAGAGGAACAAACUGUACAUUUGCUCACUCUCAGGAAGAGCUUGAAAAGUAUCGCUUGAGGAACAAAAAAAUCAGUGCAACAGUGAGAACAUUCCCCCUUCUAAAUAAAGUUGGUGUAAAUAGCACCGUCUCAACCACAACAGGAAACGUGAUUUCUGUCAUAGGAAGCCCUGAGGCAACAGGGAAGAUGGUGCCAAGUACUAAUGGAAUAGCUAAUCUAGAAAGUGGUGUUCCCCAGUUGAUACCUCGCUGUGCGGACACCUCCUUGAGAGCUUUGGAGAACACCAAGAAAGGAGGAAAGACUGGAGCCAAUGGCCAGAAUGUUUCUGGAUCCCCUACAGAAUCACUACCUGAAAAUAAAAUUGGUUCUCCACCCAAGACUCCUGUAAGCCAGGCAGCAGCUACCUCAGCUGGUCCUCCUAAUAUUGGAACAGAAGUUAAUUCUGUGCCUCCAAAAUCCAGCCCGUUUGUUCCUAGAGUACCUGUCUACCCUCCACAUUCUGAUAAUGUUCAAUAUUUCCAAGAUCCCAGGACUCAGCUGUCAUAUGAAGUUCCACAGUACCCGCAGACAGGAUAUUAUCCACCACCUCCAACAGUACCAGCUGGUGUGGCUCCCUGUGUUCCUCGCUUUGUGAGGUCCAAUAACGUUCCAGAAUCCUCCCUCCCACCUGCUUCCGUGCCAUAUGCCGAUCAUUACAGUACAUUUCCCCCUCGAGAUCGACUGAAUUCUCCUUACCAACCUCCUCCUCCGCAGCCGUAUGGACCAGUUCCUCCUGUCCCUUCUGGAAUGUAUGCUCCAGUUUAUGACAGCAGGCGCAUCUGGCGCCCACAGAUGUACCCACGAGAUGAUAUUAUUAGGAGCAAUUCUUUACCUCCCAUGGAUGUGAUGCACUCAUCUGUCUAUCAGACAUCAUUACGUGAGAGAUACAACUCUUUGGAUGGUUAUUACUCUGUGGCUUGUCAACCUCCAAACGAACAGAGGACUGUGCCUUUACCAAGGGAGCCUUGUGGUCAUUUGAAGACUGGUUAUGACGAGCAGUUGAGACGGAAGCCGGAGCAAUGGGCACAGUACCACACACAGAAAACUCCUCUGGUAUCGUCAACCCUUCCUAUGGCAACACCAUCUCCAACACCACCUUCUCCUCUCUUCAGUGUAGAUUUCAGCACAGAGGUGGGAAGCCAAAGUGCUUCUGUAUUUUCCCUUCCUGUUUCUUUCUCAGAGAGUGUCAGUGAUUUGAGUGGAACUAAAUUUGAGGAAGACCAUCUCUCUCACUAUUCACCGUGGUCUUGUGGCACUAUUGGCUCUUGUAUAAAUGCUAUCGACUCAGAGCCCAAGGAUGUGAUUGCCAAUUCAAAUGCCGUGUUAAUGGAUUUGGACAGCGGGGAUGUUAAAAGGAGAGUGCAUUUAUUUGAAACUCAGAGAAGGGCAAAGGAAGAAGAUCCUAUAAUCCCAUUUAGUGAUGGACCGAUCAUCUCCAAGUGGGGUGCAAUCUCCAGGUCAUCCCGCACGGGUUAUCACACGACAGAUCCUAUUCAGGCCACUGCUUCCCAAGGAAGUGCUACUAAGCCCAUCAGUGUAUCAGAUUAUGUCCCUUAUGUCAAUGCUGUUGACUCAAGAUGGAGCGCCUAUGGCUCAGAUUCUACUUCAUCAGCACGUUAUGUGGAACGGGACAGGUUCAUAGUUACAGAUUUGUCUGGUCACAGGAAGCAUUCCAGCACUGGAGAUCUAUUGAGUAUUGAAUUACAGCAGGCCAAAAGUAACUCAUUAUUACUUCAGAGAGAGGCGAAUGCACUAGCCAUGCAGCAGAAGUGGAAUUCUCUAGACGAAGGCAGUCGUCUUACCUUAAAUCUUUUAAGCAAGGAAAUUGAUUUGAGGAAUGGUGAGACUGAUUAUACUGAAGACUGUGCAGACACAAAGCCAGAUCGAGACAUUGAAUUGGAGCUGUCAGCCCUUGAUACAGAUGAACCUGAUGGACAAGGUGAACAAAUAGAAGAGAUUCUGGAUAUACAGCUAGGUAUUAGUUCUCAAGAUGAUCAGCUGCUCAAUGGAACAACUGUAGAGAAUGGGCAUCCACUAAAGCAGCACCAGAAAGAAUCUAUGGAACAGAAGAGACAAAGUUUAGGUGAAGACCUUGUGAUUCUUAAUAGUUCUCAACUUGGAGAUUAUAGAAUCCAGAUGACUUGGCAAAAAGUAUCAGGUGCUCUUGGCUUUCCUUUGAAAACCCUGUGUACUGCAUGUAAGGGCUUUUCCUGCUAGCAAAAUGCUUAAAGAGGAUCAUGUUACUGGUCGUCUGAGUUGUUAUUUUACAAAAUCACAGCUAUGUGGUCGGGUAAGAUUUUGAUAACUGUUUUGUGCACGCUUCUGGGGGGUGGGGGUUGGCAUUUCCCUGAGGGUUACUGAUUAGACUAAGUAAAUAUUGGUGUUUGAUAUCUCUCCUAAUGAACCUGUCCAUGAAAUAAUUAUGUUGUAAAUAUACCUGAAAAUCCAAGGGUUAGUUUUGAUAUUCUGGUGUCAGUAUGGAAGAUCUUACACAUCUAUUUAAUACUCAAAUGUAAAGGAAUGUAUGUAGAAAAACAGUCAAGUAGUCUUUUCUUAGUUUCCUUUGGCUGUUGCUGUACCUUCCUAUAGCCAGUGCCACCUCAUAGCUAGGAUUAGACUGAUGCUUUGUUUCACUUGCAACUUGAAGUGAAUGGAUACAAGAACCAGACCACCUUUGUCACCUUAACUUAUUUCCUAUUGAUGUUAACUUUAACUUAGAAUGUUAGACAUAAAUAUGAUUGUUGUAUAUUUUAUACCAAGACCAUUCUGUAAAUAUGAAUUUAUAUUACUUUUGAAAUGCUUCUGAGAUACUAUUAUUUGCUGUACAAUGUAAUUCCAAAACAGAUAUGCAAACAAGUAUGUCUCUUUCAUGGAUAUUUAAACAGUGAGAUCUUCCAUGUUGAAGGUGAUGUAAUUUUUUUAAAAGAUUUUUAAAUUUUAAAUUGCUAUUUUGUUACAAAAAUAGAGAAAAUAUAAAGGUUUGAGAAGUCCUUAUUUGCCCUCAGGGAAAGAGCCCUCUGUGCACCAGAACUCCACAGAACAUCUUCAGCAUGAUCUGAGGGUGAAUAUAUACUACAUAAAUUGAUUGUGUAUUUACCUUAACUUUUUAAUUUUAAAAUUGCAAUUUUAAAAACUUGGUUGUGCUCUGCUGGAGGGGGAUUGGGAUAAGCUGCUUACACACAUUUGCCUGUUUGUCCAGUGAAAUUACAUAAGCCUAACAUAUUCCUGCCAACCAUAUUGGCGUAUUUAAGAACAAAUGUAUCUAUAUACUCUUGUCUGCAGCAGGAGGUCCCAUGAUAUAGCAGUUCUCUAGGAUGACCAUACACUUCAUAUGGAAAGUUGGUUCUUAACUGAGGCUAGGUUUUUUUUAGUUGAAAUUUUAAUAUAUAGAAUGACAGGCAAAAGAAUUUGAGGGGGGGGGGGGGUUAACAGCAUGCCAGCUUUGUCGUACGGUUUUAACGCUGACUGUGUGGGUUUUGCCAUGAAACUACACCCUCCAGUGCCCUGACAAGGAGAAGCUACAGGUGGGAACCUAGUUCUGGCUUGCUUUGGUGAAGUUUCAGCCCUUAACCCUAUACAAACAAGUAUGUAUUCAUUUGUCUAGUUGUAAAUCAGGUGCCUUUGGGCUAUGGAAGGGCUUAUUUUCUGACACUGAGAUAUAGUGACUUAUCUUUGUGUGUUAAUAGCAGUGAUUCCCAUUUAGGUUUUGGCCUAGCUUACCUGUGCUGUCAGAAAAAAAGGCCCAUAGCAGAUUGGGGAAAGAGAUUGGCUCUUUUGCUUUGCUUGGACAAGCGUUUUGGGUUGUUUUGGUUUGAGGUUUGUUUUUUUGUUUUUUCCCCACUGGGGGUACAGCAGGGAUUUCACAUGCAAGAGAUACAGGAAUUAUUAGUAUCUAAGUUAAUUGUGUUGCCUCACUACCUGGAUUCAUUCCUUGGUUUGCCUCAUUUCCCACAUAGGUCUUAAUAGAGACUAAUGCUUGUGCUGGGAGAAUGCUUGUGUGAGAGUAAUUAUCUGUACAUUCUUAACAUAUACUUAUAGCAGAGUGAUUGCCCUGCUACUGAUAUUUUGUUCCUGUAAACAGGUGACAAGAAAUGAAUCUUAGUGUUUAUGCAGAUUUUGCAUUGUAGAAUGUAUACUAGACCCUUCAAAGGAAAGGUUAGACUCUUUGCAAAGCAAACUGGCGUUGGUUCUUGGUAGUCUAGUACAGGGACACUAAAGUUUGACAUUUGAUUUAGGAGAAAAAAAAAGUUGUACGCAGCUGAUUACGUUAAAUAAGCUCUUAAGUGCUCUUUGUAGAAGUCUAAUUUGGAAGGUUUUAGUGCUUCAAUAACACAAUUGAAAUUUUAAUUUAUCCUGUACUCAAGAGCUGAAUGCUGUUCUUGUAUAAUAGUGUACUAGGCUGGAUGAGGUACAAAAUAAUGCACAGUGGUCAGAAACAGCUGAGGAAAGAACGCUUAGAAUAACUUGAUCUAAACUCAGAAUAGUUCCAAACAUUGUUUUUGUUUGCUUUUUUAAAGCACAAGUUGUCAAGUUGUACCUGUUGCUGUACAUAAACACUGUAUGCCAGCAGCUCCUUGAUCAUAUUUGUGAACAGACUUUUCAUUAUUAUUAGACUGUUAUUAAAGGAAGAUGUUGAAUUUGAGAGUGUAACAAAAUGAGAAACGAUCAGAUUAUCUAUAGUAUGUAAAAGUCCAUUCUUUAUGUUGUAGUUUAAUCCCUUGGUUAGGAAAUUCCCUCUCAUUGAGGGACCUCUUCUGCAAGCAGAACACAAUAAAUGUGCUUUUUUAAAUGACCCAAUUUUCCAGUAUAAAUGAACAGCUGACUUUGGCAGUAGUCAUCACCGUGCAUCGCUUUGCUGGCAAGGGAGCACGACAAGGAAAAAAAGAAACAAAACUGUCAGUGGUGAGAGGAAACAAAUCUAAAUGAUCAAAAUGACCGAUACCCGAACAUAAUCCUACACCCCGUUAUUUAAGAAGGAUGCUUGUGGAAGCUUUUAAUCACUCGAGAUUAGCUGUAAAAGCUGAAAUAAAACAGAGCCUGGCUGCAUUUAUUACUGCCAAAAGCCAAGGUCAUUUGCACAUAGCCCAUCAAUUUAUCCAGAGUAGAUCUCAGUUAAUCCAAGGCAUGGAAAUGCAUGCAUUUUCUUAGCUGGGCAAACAAGUACAUUAUACGGUAGUUGUGAUACAACACAUGUGGCUUUUAUUUGUACUGCACAUACCCACUGUACAGCCACUCAGAAGUAUUGUGGUUAGCUUGCAGCAUCUGCUGUCCGCAUUUAUACUGUUUACUGCGUAUUCUUUUCCCUGGAAGUUUUAAAGAAAAUUUUUUUUUUCUUGUUGCAUUGAUUACAUUUUAUAAAUUUGCUUAGCUGGAAAGUUUGGGAAAAGAGGCCUGUUUGUCAAUUGUACAACCGAUUGUGAAGCUCUAGUGUGAAUAUUUUUACGUCUGUAUUAGACAUUUUCUUUGCAAAUCUAUUGUUCGAUUGAAAUGUAAAUGAAAUAAAAGAUGGUGUACACCCAUCAUGUAUAAAGCAGGCACCAUCGCUACGAUGGAUUUAAUGCUCAUUUUUAUGGCGCAUUCUCAGCUUCUAUUUAAAACUAUAAUUUAAAAAAAAAAAUCUGUAAAAUGAAAUGGGGAUAUAUGGGGGAGUAAAUUCUAUUCCGUUUAUUUCGGUUUUGAGUUCCCAAUGGUAAUGUUUCCCUUGGUGUUAGAAGUAGGGGGGCCCCGUGGCGGGGCGGUGCCGUGUGUGUUUGCUGUAGCACUGAAGUGAAGAGGUUUUAGCUUUGGCUGGUCACGGAGUAGAGCAUCCUGGUUUUCAGUGUUUGAGAGACUUGAUGGAAGAAGUUUGCAGUAUUGACAUGUAUUUGCAUGCACGAAUAAAAAUUAUUUGUCCACCUUAA